GGAUAGUCCACAUUGUUCAAACUGAACAUCUACAGGUCAUUCAUCCCGUCUAAAGAGAGAGAGACACAGAGAGAGACAGAGAGAGAGAGAGACAGAGAGAGAGCAAAAAGUCACGAACGGACAUCCUUGCAAGGCUGUAACUGGAUUUCCUCAGCGGCUUGACCCCUCGAGAUCUUAAACUGGUGAUUGAGGAGAGUAUCGUUUCAGCCCGUUAUUUUAAGCAAAGAAGUCGCAUCAGCAUGAGAUUCUUCCAUCCGCUCUUCGCCCUGUUGCUCCUACUCAUGGUGCUGACUCUGGUCAGCGCACAGAAACCAGAUUUUCUGAAUUUGCGGCGAAAAUACAGGAGACAUCACUGUCCACACAAGCGCUGCCUGCCUUUACACUCCAGAGUCCCAUUUCCCUGAGGGGACAUGAUACUGUCCAUAAAAGCCACGAAAGAGGAGGGUACGUGUUCUGUCGAGGCAUGGAAAAAGUGCUAGAGCAGAAAAGAUGGACUUCAACAAGACAACCAAAAUCCCGACUGAUCUUUCAGCAGGCGAAUGACACACAGCUAUGCAGCAAAGAAGUUUUCACACCACACCAAAUAGGAGGAUCUCUUCGGCUCAUGUGCCAGCGUCGUGAAGAUACUGGCUUGGCGCCAACAGUGUAGAAAAGAAUAUGGGGUUUCUCUAUGUACAGUAUGUGUGUGUGUGUGUGUGUGUGUGUGUAUGAGAGAGAGUUGAGACAGCAUUUAUAGCCAAUGAUCAAGUCAAGAAGUUUAACAAUAACGUCCAACCACUGAAUACCUAAAUCAAUGUAUAUAGCAUGAAAUGUGUUUAUAUGUA